CACUCAACAACCUCCUCUCACAAAAAGAAGCAGACAAGAUGACCCCAACAACACAGUUAUUCAAAUGGACUACUCAUUGACUACUCCCACUCCAACUGCUUUUACAAUACAAUUACAACAAAGUGGACAAAACACCAUACUCCCAGAAAACAACAAACUGAUCUGGGCCCCUGUUCCCGCCCCAACUAGCAUGGGAAAAACUACAGAAAUUCCUAUGCCGAUCAUUACAACAAACACUAUUCCCAAUUUGGACACACUUACAACUGAGCCCAGCCUACUAACAGCUGACAACCUUGCCCUUGUACCUGACUCUACUGCCAACUUCCACCAAGAUCUACCUAUAGACACUCACUCAAAUGCUACAAUUGAAUUCUUACCAAAAAAAAUCUUAUACUACUGCACUUACAG